GGAAACCACUCCCUCCCUCAGCCGCCGCCGCCUUCCCACUGCCCACGAGCCAGCGUCAUCCCCAGCUCCGCCCCCCACGGCCGACGACUCCACCCUCCGAGUCCACGGUGGCUUCCUUCGGUCCGAGGGGAGGUGGAUGAACAGGAGCGUGUGCCACCACCUGCUCGCCCACUGCAGAUCCCUGCGGGAGCUAGAGAGAAUCCACGCCCGGGCCGUCACCCAUGGCCUCCACCCCAGUAACCAGUCCAUCUCGUGCACGCUCUUCCGGCGUUACGCCGACUUCGGCCGCCCCGCCGAGGCGCGCAGGCUGUUCGGCGAGAUCCCCUGCCCGGACCUCGUCUCCUACACCAGCCUCAUGUCGCUCCACCUCCAGCUGAGCCAGCACCACGAGGCCAUGUCCGCCUUCUCGUGCGCCGUCGCCUCGGGCCACCGCCCCGAUGGCUUUGUGGUUGUUGGUGCGCUCUCGGCGUCCGGCGGGGCUGGGGAUCUGCGCGCUGGUUUGGGGGUGCAUGGUCUCAUUUUCCGUUGCGGGUUGGGCUCUGAGCUGGUCGUCGGCAAUGCUCUGGUUGAUAUGUAUUGCCGGUGUGGGAGGUUCGAGGGCGUGCUAGGGGUGUUCGACGAAAUGGCGGUGAAAGACGAGGUCACCUGGGGCAGCAUGCUGCAUGGGUAUAUGAAGUGUGUCGGUGUGGAUGCAGCGUUGUCCUUCUUUGACCAGAUGCCGGUGAAGAGCACGGUGUCCUGGACAGCGCUGGUGACCGGCCAUGUUCAGGCCAAGCAGCCUAUCCGAGCUCUAGAAAUUUUCGGCAGGAUGGUGCUGGAGGGUCACCGUCCUACCCAUGUUACAAUUGUAGGCGUGCUAUCUGCUUGCGCUGACAUUGGCUCUCUAGAUCUUGGGCGCGUCAUUCAUGGGUACGGAAGUAAAUUCAAUAUCAGCACAAAUAUAAUUGUUAGCAAUGCUCUGAUGGACAUGUAUGCAAAGAGUGGAAGUAUAGAGAUGGCAUUUACUGUGUUUGAAGAAGUGCCGUUGAAGGAUGCGUUCACAUGGACGACCAUGAUCUCGAGCUUCACUGUCCAGGGUGAUGGGAUAAAAGCUCUUGAGCUCUUUGAGGACAUGCUAAGGUCUGGGAUUGUUCCAAAUAGUGUCACCUUUGUGUCUGUUUUGUCAGCCUGCAGCCAUGCUGGGUUAAUACAGCAAGGCAGAGAGUUAUUUGAUAAAAUGCGUAGGAUCUACAACAUUAAACCGCAGCUUGAGCACUAUGGAUGCAUUGUUGAUUUGUUAGGACGGGGUGGGCUACUAGAGGAAGCAGAAGCCCUGAUAUAUGAUAUGGAUGUGGAACCUGAUACUGUUAUAUGGAGGUCACUUCUUAGUGCAUGCCUUGUUCAUGGCAAUGAUAGAUUGGCUGAGAUUGCCGGGCAGGAGAUUAUAAAGAGGGAACCAGGGGAUGAUGGGGUUUAUGUGCUUCUUUGGAACAUAUAUGCCUCAUCAGAUAGGUGGAAAGAGGCUCUGGAUAUAAGAAAACAAAUGUUGACAAGGAAGAUCUUCAAAAAACCAGGGUGUAGUUGGAUUGAAGUCGAUGGUGGUGUCCACGAAUUCUUGGUACAGGACAAGGCACAUGAUGCUCGAAGGGAAAUUUACGACACCUUGGAAGGAAUUGAUAGGCAGUUAAAGAUGGAUCUUGGAUCAUCCCCUCUGGAAGAAAACUUGUUAAUCUCUGUGGAUGAGGAACUCUUAUUCUAAAUCUGUAUACUGGCCAUUUCUUCAUUGAUAACUUAUAUAAGAGAUUUUCUGAGUUCCUGCGAUA